GUACUCCUGCGCCAUAAAAAAAUGAACAGAAGAAUCUCGUGGGGGCUUUGCUAGCUUGACUGACCGUUUGUUUCUUAUAGACUGACCGCAGUGCCUCAGCCUCGGUGUGAACAGAACAGAGUGUCCGCCUCUUGGGCUCUGAUUUCGGGGAAGGACGCUCAGCAAUGGACCGAGUUGCCACUUUGGAGCAUUACAAAGCAGCCAUGGUGCUGAGUGGAGCUGGUGAUGCUCUGGGUUACAGGAACCAGCUGUGGGAGUAUAAUGAGUCUGGACCUGCUAUUCACCAGGAACUGGAGGAGCUUGGUGGGUUGCAGAACAUCAAGGUUGAGCUUCCUGAUUGGCCAGUGAGUGAUGACACAGUUUUACACCUGGCAACUGCUGAAGGACUUGCAACAGGGAAAGCAGGGGAGGAGCUCCUGCAUGAGGUGGCUGCUCGCUACGUGGAGGCCAUGAAGGACAUGGACGGGAGGAAACCAGGGCCCUCAAGCAUUCUGGGUGUUUCUCAACUGAAGCCUGGGGAAGAAGGGGGUUACAGAGUGCCAUAUAACCCAGACGGUACCGGCUGUGGAGCAGCAAUGAGGUCCAUGUGCAUCGGGCUGAAGUAUCCAAGGCCUGACCAGCUGUUGUCCCUCGUGGCUGCCGCCGUGGAGACGGGCAGGAUGACCCAUCCUCACCCCACUGGUUUCCUGGGGGCUGUGGCGUCGGCUCUCUUUGCAGCGUACGCCAUCCAGCGCCGGCCGAUGACCACCUGGGGUCUGGGCCUGAUCAACGAGGCCGUCCCCACAGCACGGAUGAUCGUUCAGGGUCGGGGGUUCGCCGUGGAGGAGACGGAGCGUGACUGGAACUAUUUCUGUGAUAAAUGGCAGUGGUACUUGGAUAUGAGGGGCCUCUCUACGGGAGUGGGACCUUUACUCUGGCCCUCCUCCUACGGUCCAGCAGAGCGGGACGAGGCCUAUAAGAGCUUCAGUCUGUCUGGGUGGGCGGGGCGUAGCGGCCAUGACGCUCCGAUGAUAGCGCUGGAUGCGUUGCUGGCUGCUGGUUCGGACUGGGAGGAGCUGAUGAAGAGAGCUGCUUUCCAUGGAGGCGACAGUGACAGCACAGCAGUGAUCGCCGCCUGUUGCUGGGGGCUUCUUCACGGCACCAAGGGGGUCCCCAUAGGAAACUACUGCAACCUGGAGUACCGGGAGCGGCUGGAACGCUGUGCUGAGCAGCUCUACGCCCUGUCACACUGAAGCAGCAGUGAGGGAAAACAAGCCCGGCUGAAGCAGAACGAGCCAUGUGCAUUGAUUCGGUGUCCUAACAUCUGCCUGUAGGGGACAGUCUGGCCCCCAAACCCAAAGGGUUGUUUGUGUGGCAGAGUGAGGGUGACCCAUGGUGAUGACAGUGUGGCUGGUGUUUCAAGAGGUCCCCCUAGUGGUCAUGUUAUCUCACCUGCAGAGCUGAAUAAAUGUGAUGUAAUGCCAGCGUGGAUACAGAAAGCUCCACUGGACGUUAUCGUCUCAUUUGAGUGACAUG